UGCAGCCCCAGUCGUAUUUAGUUUCAACGUCGUCGUGCUACUUCAAUACCUUUGCAAGCCGAUAACAAUAGCCAGCGAUCAUCUGCUUUUCUCUUCUUUUCUACUUUUACUUUCCUGUAUCCGUAUCCCAGAGGAUUUUGGCCAUGGUGGACAAUCUCGCGCUGACGUAUGCUGGGGCCACGGGAGGCCAGUUUGAUCAACAAGGGUCUAUUGACUGGAUCCAACUGGCCAGAAUGUCUGUAUCGGUUCCAAUUUCUGUCCUCGCCCGUGUUUCAGCUGCAGAUGUCUCGCCUCUCACGAUUGUCGUGGGACAGGAAAUUUCAUCGCUCUUCAAGUUAUCCACCGCUGGCCAUGAACGUCUUGCUAAGGCGCUGUCCGAAUUGAGAAGCUUUUCCGCCAUUGGAGAUGCGAUCUGGUUUGGCUUUGGCAUCAAGCACCUUGUUAGAGUGCUCGCAGAAACCAACAAGGGGUUGACACUUCUCACCCUAUGUGGGUGUCUUGCUGAGAUCCAUCCACCAAAAGCUUGUGCUGAGAUUUUGAUCAAGCUGGCCUAUGUUUCCGGCGCUCCUGAUGAGCUAAGGCCGUCGGCAAGUCAAUGGAUCAACCUAGUAGGAGCUUGUUCUGGCACUCUCAAGUCAACGACAUUUGGAUGUAUCGCGCAGCAAUUCAUGGCUUUCUAUGGCGGCUACGUGUUUGCUGAAUAUCUGGAUGACGCUGAAGGCGUUGCCAGGGCUUUCCUCGCCGUUGCGCAUGUCUCUUCUGGGGCUUUAGAAUCUGUAACACUCACGGGUGGUCGAUCUUGUGGAUGGAUCGCCGCCAUAGGGUUCUAUUUUCUCGGCCUAGACGUCGAGAUUCGAAGUCCAGACAAUGUUUCAAUCUACAAAUCUACGCCCAAUGAAGACUCAGUCCGUAUCCUGGUCAUAUAUGGCACAAGUCUUGCAUCUGACCAGAUUCAAGUUAACUGCACUGCCUACUUCAUCAAAUCCAUCGAUAGCCUUGUGUCUAGCUACGAGGAAAGGUUCGAUUCUAUAAUGUGUGGAACGAUUCACUGGGAGAGUUCCCUCUCACGGACAUUCGGAAUACCUUUUGAAAAACUACUGGGAGCUAAAAUAGAAUUUGGAGCUCUAGUCGGCUACGCUGCGCGCGUCUUCAAGGGUCUGGCGAAUUCUGAGGCCAGUAGUAUCUUCGACGUUCAUGACCGGAUCAGUUGGUUUGGCUUCCAAACUAGCCAAUAUGGACAUGGAUUUGCAAAUGCUCUUGUUUCAUUCUUUCCAGAGCUUUCUCAGUUAGCACCUCACAUCCAUGUCGAUAUGCAAAUGUCACUCGAUGCAUCUGUCGGGGCAUAUGAAGAAGCAUCAAACGCUUUAUCUGCCAUUUGUGGCUCUGACUGCUGCUCAGGCGGUGUUCACUCUAGUUUUGGCGGUCGUGGUUAUUGUCUUCCGGUUCUGGCUGAGACUAUCAUUUCUCUUGUAUGGAACCUGUCUGCACUUCAACUCCACGCCGAUCUGAAGCCGUAUCACUCCGGCUUGAGAUUCUUGUACGAACUCCAUGCCGGUCGUGCGUCGACUGAUGCUAGCUUCGGGGAAAGAUACGGGGCUGGUAAAAAUAAUGGAUCCUACUGGGGAGACAUUACUGACCUUGUGCGUCUGCUCGACCUUGCGUCAGUUUACCAUACUGCACAAUUUCUCUUCACCACCAACCUAUACCCUCUCAGAAGACGCAGCGCACUUACAGCUGUUUCUGUUGGAGGGCUUUGUUUCUAUUUUGAUAUAUUGCGAAACGUAUCGGAUCGGCCGGAAAAGGCAAUGGUACUGCAUGUUGUACCAGGAGUCAUUCAAACAACGGCCGGGCGAGAAUAUCAAUUUAUCGCGGACAAGACAGCCGCAUGGUCUGAGGGCCUUCUUGGAUUUGAUUGGAGAGAUAACUCUUCAUUCGAGGCAACAGCUGAGUUCAAGACUGACUAUCAGGCUAAGGUCACGGAGACCAUUGGGGGCAAUAUUUCCAUUCCUUCUCUCGAUAUGGACACGGGAAGCUCUGAUCUCGACGUGAGACUUUUUAUUGAGGAAUCUGCCGGUGGCCUACUUGUCGAUCUUCACUUCAUUUCUCUCGCGGGAACUUGUCGGGUUGGUGCAUAUACUAUGCUCAAGGAGAUUAUCGAGAACUCAGGGUUGGUCCACUGUGCUCACCGUAACUGCGCUCGUUUGGAUCAGUUUUCCUGUGAUAUAUCAACCCUGGAUGGAGAGGGCUGUAGACCCGAGGGUCUCCAAGGGAAGCUGCAUGUUCGAAGACUCGUUGGUAAUACUUUGGCGAGAUGCGUGGGUCUUUUGGUCAACAGGGAGUGGACGGAGCCGGCCAUACUGCGUGGGCGGGAAUGUAUCCCAUGUUGUAUCAGAACUGCGAUUGAUUUACGACCGGAUUACCAACGAUCUCCAUCUUAUGUUAUUCUCUAGCAACCACCUUAUUCCUGAUGCCAUCGGAACAAUUAGAAGAAAAUGAAAUAAACAUUAGUCUAAUGAUACACCUAAGAACAUAUUAGUACUUUUCAC